UUCUCAAAACCACAGCGAUCUCAGUGGUGGAAAUGUUGGACACGGGGAGGGUCGACUUUCAGAUGACAUUGACGCUAUGUAGAUGAGAAACGGGGAUUUGUGCUCUGCGUAACAACCCUGGCCGCUGAAGAUAGAUGGUGUUACGAGGUGAAGCUGCUGCCUUUUCGUGGUGUUGUUUCCCCGCUCUGCUCUCCUCUCCUCUGCUUGGCUCUCUCCUUCAGCAUCACCAAGCUAACGGACAGCACCACUCACACCUUGUUCCUGCUUUCCUGCAAACUCACCUUUCCCAUCAGGAUCAUAGUUUAGUUCUGCUAAUCUAUCUCUAAAAAAUAUAUAUAUAUAUAUUCGAUUCGGUUAGAAGCUUCACGAACACAACUUUUAGAAGAACGCACGGAUACUAUACCAUGUCCCACAUUUCUGGCUGGCACAGCAGUUUGAUUGUUCGCUUUUAACUUCCUCGGUGUUCCCGCUCCUUCACAUCCAACGGUCCACCGGCUGGGUAACAAACCGUGAAGCUGCUGUCUACGUGGAUCGGUGGGGUUAAAAUCUUCCAACCGCCUGCCACCCUCGCCAGGAAAUCUAACAUUAAUCAGAGAGACAUGGCGACUAAUGGAACUAAAGCCUCGGAUGGACACGUUUUAACGGAGGUGAAUGCGGAGCCUAAUGACAAACCUAAAACCUUGGUCGUAAAAGUCCAGAAAAAAGAACUUCCCGAAAGAGAAAACUGGACUGGAAAAUUUGACUUUCUCCUGUCUUGCGUCGGUUACGCAAUUGGACUCGGAAAUGUCUGGAGAUUUCCUUAUCUAUGUGGGAAGAACGGAGGAGGGGCCUUCUUGAUUCCCUACUUUUUGACGCUCAUAUUUGCUGGUAUGCCCCUGUUUCUGCUCGAAACGUCCCUCGGUCAGUACACAUCGAUUGGAGGGCUUGGAGUGUGGAAACUGGCUCCCAUGUUUAAAGGUGUUGGCCUAGCCGCUGCAGUCCUUUCUUUCUGGCUAAAUAUUUAUUACAUUGUCAUCAUUUCCUGGGCUAUAUACUAUCUCUGGUCCUCCUUUACUUCUGAGCUACCAUGGCAAUCAUGUGGAAAUUCUUGGAAUACAGAGCGCUGUUACACAAACUACAGCAUCCCGAACGCUGUCAACCUCACCAGCGCCGUUCAGGAAUUCUGGGAACGUAACAUGCACCAAAUGACGGAUGGCCUGGAGAAGCCUGGGGAGAUCAGAGCGCCUCUAGCCAUCACGCUGGCCAUCGCUUGGGUCCUGGUUUAUUUCUGCAUCUGGAAAGGUGUCGCAUGGACCGGCAAGGUGGUGUACUUCUCAGCCACGUACCCCUACUUCAUGCUCUUCAUCCUCUUCUGCCGCGGCAUCACUCUCCCCGGAGCCAUCGAUGGAAUCCUCUUCUAUAUCACGCCCAACUUUGAAAAGCUCAAGGAAUCAGAGGUGUGGUUGGAUGCUGCCACUCAGAUCUUCUUCUCCUAUGGGCUGGGGCUGGGAUCACUGAUUGCUCUGGGAAGCUACAACCCAUUCAAUAAUAAUGUUUACAGAGAUUCUGUCAUUGUGUGCUGCAUCAACUCGUUCACCAGCAUGUUCGCUGGCCUAGUCAUCUUCUCCAUUGUGGGCUUCAUGGCCAACGUGACUAAGAGGCCUAUAAUAGAAGUAGCAGCCUCAGGUCCUGGCUUGGCGUUCUUGGCCUACCCCGAGGCAGUAACCCAGCUGCCUAUCUCUCCUCUCUGGGCGAUCCUCUUCUUCUCCAUGCUGCUCAUGCUGGGAAUCGACAGUCAGUUCUGUACGGUGGAGGGCUUCAUUACUGCGCUGGUGGAUGAGUUCCCCAGGGCUCUGAGAGGAAGAAGAGAACUCUUCAUCGCUGCCGUCUGCCUGGUCUCUUAUAUCAUUGGCCUGUCCAACAUCACACAGGGUGGGCUGUAUGUGUUCAAGCUGUUUGACUACUACUCUGCCAGCGGCAUGUGCCUGCUCUUCCUGGUCUUCUUCGAGUGCGUCUCCAUAUCCUGGUUCUACGGUGCCGAUAAGUUCCUUGCCAAUAUUGAGGAGAUGAUUGGCUUUAGGCCCUGCCUGUGGUGGAAGCUGUGUUGGGUCGUGUUCACUCCUCUCAUCGUGGCUGGUGUGUUCCUGUUCAGUGCUGUCCAGAUGGUUCCUCUCACUAUGAACAACUAUGUGUUCCCCGCCUGGGGCCAGGGAGUGGGCUGGUGCAUGGCCCUAUCCUCUAUGCUCCUGAUACCAGGAUACAUGGUCUACAUGUUCCUCAACCUCAAGGGGGAUUACAAAGAGCGUCUGCGGAUAAUGAUCCAACCCCCGAUGAUGGUGAAAGGAGAACGCCAGGAGAACGGCCCUGAGCAGACACCAGUAGCAGCGACCACUGAAGAAGCUUACAUCUAAACCCUGUUCUAUUCAGCCUGUCUCCGAGGCCAACUCUUUGCAGAAAACAACGUAAUCAAGGUGAAGCACAACCAAGGGUUUGCAUCCCAACAUGGAACCCUAUUCUAUAUAUAGUGCACUACUUUUGACCAGGGCCCAUAUGGACUACUACCCAAUAUAGGCCCUGGUUAAAAGUAGUGCACUACAUAGGGAAUAGGGUGCCAUUUGGGACGUAGUUAAGAACUUCCAUGUCUGAUAUCUAAUUACCUACCUCCAGGGGAAACGUGACCAACCUGAUUACAAUUUACUUUUCAUUUAUUUGAUUUUAUUAAUUUUUUUUUGUUCAUUUUUUUUGUUCAUUUGUUUGUCAACAGAAAUAAGAAAGUCAAACAGCUGUUAUUGUGAUAGUUUUGUAUUUCAUAUGCAAACAUGUUAGUCUUUCUAAGAUUGUUACCUAGAAAGUUACUAUAAAUUGAAUUAUAAUUUAAAUUUGGAGGCCCAAUGUGAUUCAACACUAACGUGCUAAUUCAAGAUAUUGACUUAAUUAAUCUAUUAAAAAAAUGAAGUUAUUGUAAAGAGAGCCGUAGCCAGGGUCUGAGUUUUAGUGUGUCCGGAAGGGGAGGGUGGUGGGUGGCUAUAAGGAAUAACUUCAGCUGUUAUCACAUUGGCUAUUGUAUCUUCAUUCACCUCAGUGGAUCUACAAACACAUAGCCUGUUAGCUAUACAAUUAGCCGCGACACAUUAACUCACAUUAACUCAGCACCGGGAUAAAAAAAUAUAUAAUUGAAUACGUACAGAGGUAUCUGACAGCAAAAAAAAACUAUUUUAUUAACAAAGGUCAACAAAUAAGUUCGCUUUACAGAAUAUAUAUUUUUUGCAGUUUUUACAGCUAAUUAAUAACCUGCAGUUCUACACAUUUUGCCAUGCGGUGGAGAGACAUUUUUACGGUUUUAGAGCUAAUUUCCUGCAAUUCUACACAUUUUGCCAUGCGGUGGAGAGACAUUUUUACGGUUUUAAAGCUAAUUUCCUGCAAUUCUACACAUUUUGUCAUGUUAAUAUGAUAUCUGAGCGAGUGAGCAAAUAAAAUAAAUUGGGGCCCCCUGGAGGUCAAGGCCCCUAGAGGUCAGGGCCCCUAGAGGUCAGGCCCACUGGAGGUCAAGGCCCGUGGAGCUCAGGCCCCCUGGAGCUCAGGCCCCCUGGAGGUCAAGGCCCCUGGAGGUCAGGGCCCCUGGGAAUGUGCCCUGCAUGCCCUGUCGGUAAUACAGCCAUGAUUACUACAAGUUUAGAUAACUGGUUAGACUAACUAGACGAAUUAACCAAUCUAAAAAUGGUUUAACUGAAUUGGGCUAUUUGACUAGCUAGGUUUCCAUCAAAUUGGCGACAGAUUUUCAUGCGAAUACUCUAGAAUCCACAUAAAGAAAAUAUGCACAUUUUCACACCAGUGGUGUAUUUCCACCAAAUGGACUUGUUACGGAUGAAAAAUCAGCACGUGAUAGAAUAGUGUACUUAAAAUGUACUUUUUUUUCGCUCAAGUUUUCAUGUGACGAAUAAACAAAAGAAAAACGAAUGUUUCCGUUGCAUUUUCAGCUCUACCAAUAGUUUUGUCACAAAAAAAAAAAAAUUGGCUGUGUUAAAUACAAAUACCAAACAGCCCACAGAUGCAGGUAGGCUAGUCUACAUAAUGAGAUUAUUAUGGAUGAGAGCGAGAAUAUUUUUAUUUGUCAAACAACAGUCCAGCAUCGAUCAUCAUGUCAACGGAAUAAGACCUUCCAUAUUUAUUGGAAAAGAGCAUCAAGACCAUCACCGUGCUCUUUUACCCCCCCAUGUGAAGUUCAUCAUCAUUUAUUUAAUAUUCAGCCUAAUGAACUGCAUGCUUUCCCGAGUCGUAGUGGGAGGACCAGACACCAUAUCAUCGUGUGACUCCAAAUUUACUUCAAUAUGAUGGUUAUUAUAUAAAUAUUUGUGCAUCAAAGUAAUUACCACCACCAUUUCUCACAAAAACACAUUUUUUUUUCUUUACAGACACAAAAAAACAUCCCACCAUGUCAAACGAAGAAAUUAUCUAUCGGCAUUUAUACAAAUUGUACUGAAACUUAAUGUUUCCAUCACAUCUGUCAUGAUUUUAUUUGUUAUUUUUUACAUGGUAAGGCUUUACUUGGAUGGAAGUAUGGUUAGUGACACAUAACAAGAGAGAAACUGCUCAUACACACCCAAGUAAAAAAAACGGACACUUUUGUGUAUUGAACUAUUCUAAUUCUCAACAGUAAUUUGAGACCCCAAAACAAAAGUAUAAAAAAAAUAAACUAAAUUAAACUAAUAAAAAUCUAAUUUGAAAUAAUUAAUUGAGGUUCGGACCUCAGUGUCCUCAUAUGUUCCUAUGGCACCUUAUUUUGUAAAAAGGAAAGAUAUACAUUAUAAUCCGUAUGAAAGAAAUACAGAAAAAAAAAAACAAUGUGUUAAAUUGGCAAAUUAAUUAAAUAUGAAAAUUGUAAUAGUGGAAUUGAAUAUUGACAAAUUAUAAACAAUGACCAUUAUGGGAAAGUGCCACCGGCAAGGCAAAUGUUCAUAUCUUUGUAUAAUAUUAUCACGUACAUGUAUAUUAACCUUUAAAAAGCACAAGGCCAGUAUGGAUCUCAAACCAUCUGGCAUGACAUGACUGAAGUACCUGUUACAAAAACAAAAAAAAAAACACAGAUUACCGUUACGUAUACGAGAGACUGUUAUAAUUGUAUCUUUGUUUUCUAAAGAACAAUAAC